GGCCCGAGCUCCCGAUCUACGAUCAUGUCGGUAGCAGCACCGUUACUGCUGCUACUGUCCUCCCUGGCUUCACCGGCCGGGGCAUUGCAUGCGACCUACGGUUCACCGUGCUAUGACGUCUGUAGCAACCCGACCAACACCACUUCCUCGGAGAUGGUCUGUCUGGACGAGUCGUACAACACCACCGAGACUGGCCGGAAGUUCCAAGAAUGCGUCUCUUGCGAACUACAGAGCAAUUACACCGAUGCUGAAACCCAGAUUAGUGACUUCAACUGGGGUCUCUAUAAUCUCCGGUUCGCAUUCGACACCUGUGUCUACGGGUAUCCGAAGGAUGUGAACACGGUUUCGACUCCGUGUCUGGUCGCGUGCCUGGGCCUGAGCCCGGCGUUCGAGUUUGAGCUGCUGAACCCGAAUCAGAACAACCUGCGGGCCUAUUGCGCCACGGGGGCAUUUGCCGACAACCACAUCGACACCUGUAGUAACUGCUACAACCUGACAAGCACGCAGGGGUAUCUGGCAAAUUUUCUCGAGGCGAUGCGUUAUGAGUGUCACUUCCCCGUGCCCACUGAUACGGCCUUUCCCAUCAGUCCAUCGGAUAUCUUUUCAGAAAUUCAGCUUCCCUUCUACAACAGGGAUCUGCUGAACAGCACGGCGCACGAUCCCAUCAACUACCGACUGGCGACGCUGAUCGGGCUUCCAGUGAUGGGGUUUGUGAUUUUCGUCUGUCUGUGCACGAUGAGUCUCUUCUUCUGCCUCGGCUGGCGGCGGAGAUAUGUCCGCCGUGAGCGGGCGUCGGAGCAGCAGCGAUGGAAGACUCUGGCUGCGGAGCACCCA